AUGGCGGCUAGCUCCGAUCCCGAGGGCAGCGGCAGCGGGCACCGGCGCGGGACGCCGCUGGUUUUCGAUGAGCUCCGGUGGGUAGUGCAGAUCCGUGACUCCCUGACGGAGGACGCCGACGACGAAGACGACAACGGCAUCCCGGUCUCCGUGUUCAACGUGCCGAAGCAGCUGCAGGUGCACAAGCCGGAGGCGUACGUGCCUCAGUUCAUCGCCCUCGGCCCCUACCACCAUUGGCGCCCGGAGCUGUACGAGAUGGAGCGCUACAAGCUGGCCGCAGCCCGCCGCGCACAACGCCGCCUCUGCCCCGCCGGUCUUAAGCUCGACGCCCUCGUCACCCAGUUCGCCCGCCUCGAGCGCAAGGUCCGCGCAUACUACCACCGCUACCUUGACUUCAGCGGCGAGACGCUCUCCUGGAUGAUGGUCGUCGAUGGCGCCUUCCUCCUCGAGUUCUUGCAGAUCUACGCCGCCGCAGACGGAGGGCAGCGAGGAGGUGGAGGCAAGCCGGCGCUGGGGAGGGUAUCGUCGAGGAUGGUGCAUCUCGUGGACUUCGCCGGGAGGAAGUCGGCGCACGGCCUCAUCCUCCGGGACAUGUUCAUGCUCGAGAACCAGAUACCGCUCUUCCUCCUCCGCAAGAUCCUCGAGCCUCAGUGCGCAUCGGCAGAGGAAGCUAGCGAGCUGCUCACGAGCAUGGUUACCGGGCUCAUGAAGGAGCUCUGCCCGUUCAAAAUGAUGGAUGGUGACUUCCCGGCGGUCGACGUCGCCAAGCACGCGCACCUGCUCGAGCUGCUCUACUUUCUGCUCGUGCCCAAGCCGCCGGCCGAGGACACCACGUGGGAGGCCCACGACCACGACGAGAGCUACGACAUCGAGGAGCAGCCAUCGGCCGGCGGCGAGAAGAAGACGUCCGGCGGCGGAUCCGAUUAUGUGGCGCAGCUGUUCGCCGCCAUGUGGGGCAUGGCGUCCAAGCUUGGGAGUGGCCCGCUGGACUACGUGAUGAAGCCGAUCGCGUUCGCGGUGAAGGCGCCGUGGAAGAUGCUCACUGUUGUUCCCGGCAUUUCGGGGAUAAAGCACCCCGUCGAGUCAUACUUCGUAUCCGGCACCGACGGCCGCUACUCAAUGUCGUCGUCCACUGCGGGACAUUUGAGCCGGCCGCCGCUGAUCGAGGAGAUCAUGGUCCCGUCGGUGUCCGAGCUCGUCAACGCUGGCAUAGAGAUCGCAGCAACCACAGGCGACCUCUCAACCAUCUGCUUCGACUGCAAGACGGCGACACUCCACCUCCCGGCGGUGACCGUCGACAGCAACACGGAGGUGAUGGUCCGAAACCUUGUCGCCUACGAGUCGUCGGCGGCAUCCGGCCCGUUGGUGCUCACCAGGUACACGGAGCUGAUGAACGGCAUAAUCGACGCCGAUGAAGACGUGGCGCUGCUGCGCCAGCGCGGUGUGCUGCUAAAUCGGAUGAAGAGCGACGGCGAGGUGACAAAACUGUGGAACGGCAUGAGCCGAUCGGUGCGGCUGACGAAGGUACCUGCCAUGGACAAGGCGGUGGAGGAGGUGAACCGGUACUACAACGGCCGGUGGCGCGUGAAGACGAAGCGGUUCAUGAGGAAGUACGUGUUCAGCUCAUGGCAGCUGCUCACAUUCCUCGCCGCCAUCAUGAUGCUGAUGCUCACCACGCUCCAGGCCUUCUGCUCCGUCUACACCUGCUCCCGGUGGUUCGGCGCCGUCACCGUCACGGCGGCGACGGGAGGAUGAUUUAAUUAAUUCUUGCGUGCUCUGCAUGCGUUUCUUGCCUUGCUGGAUCAGGCUACGCGACAUUGAUUUGCAUGAGUAUGAUUUGGCUGCGAGUGGAUUGAGUAUUAUUUUGUGGAUUCUGGUCAUA